UUUGCAUCUGGGUCUCAGGUUCAAUCUGACGAAGAAGUUACGGCGCGCCUCAUGCUUUCAAAUCCUUCUACCAUGAUCUGACUCCUUGCGUUCGUUCCUACCUGGCUUCUCUCCCGCUUCGUUCUUACACCUUCUGCAGGUCGUCAUGCGUGACCGUGACACUGGCCGCUCUCGCGGUUUCGGUUUCGUGACCUUCUCGUCUCAACACGAGGCCGACUCUGCCAUCGCUGCUCUUAACGAGACUGAGCUCGAUGGUCGUCGCAUUCGUGUCAACAUGGCCAACUCUCGUCCAGCUGGGUAAGUUAGAGCAGCUCGGCGCUCAGUCUCGCCAUCAACUCUUGUCGACCACAGGACAAGAUGAAUCUACAACAUGACUUGAAUCUGGUGUUGACGUGGUCUUCUCCUUUUCC